CCUCGGACCCCGGACCCCGGAGCCAGUGCCGCUCACUCUGAACAGGGCAGUCGCCUCGAGCGGACGCUCCGGGAAUGGGAUCUUCCGUGAGAAUCAAGAAAAACUACAAAUUUUUCCGAGUUUACCCGUUACAAAAACAACUCUUUAUUCUACGAGAAUAGUGUGCGAAGCGAAGGAGGAGAGAGAGCAGGGAGACAGGGGGGAAAUGACAGAGAGCUUGAAAGACUCAGAGGUAAGAGCGGUGCGUGCAAAAGACUGGCAGUGAGUGAGAGAGCGAACCCGGGUACUACAUGUGGGUAUGUGUGGGGUCUAAAGUAUGCCUUCCUGAGGGCAGAUCUUCUGAGCAGGUUUACGUAGUACGGAGGGUGGUGAGGAAAGAAGGAAAAGCCGAAGAGUGUUAAAUCAAUCGAGGCGUUACACUAUCUAUGCUGUAGGUCACCAUUGCAAGUCCCGCACUGAGAAGCGCCACCGUAGUAAAAGCCCUCAGACACAGUGUACUAUAUUAGCAGGCAAAGCGGACGUGUGCUGAGGUUCACCGCCGGGCAGAAACGCGGUUGCUGACAGCCUGGGCUCGUGUAUGGCGUUAGGAGUAAGAGCUCAUUCGUAGCGUUCGGGCAAAGGCAAGCAGUCAUGGCCAAGUGGUUCAAAGAUUUCCCCAUGAACCUGAAGAACGGCACCGACAGGAUCCGCUCCUCCUCCGAAUCGGGCUACCAGAGCCGGGCGAAGCCAGGGCUGGCGGGCGGUCUGGGCUCCCGGAGCGGGGGCUCGAAAGGGACCCUGCGCAAGAACUCGGAGACGGAGGGCGGGAGCGGGAGGGUGGGCUCGCUGCUCUCCGGCAGGAAUCGGAAAAACUCGGCCAUAGAACUGGGUCGAAACGGUACCGGCGGGUACGGCAAAGAUGGCAGGGUUUGGGAGAGCCUCAUUCCGGGGAAGAGUCGGAAGAACUCAAAGGUGGAGACGGGGUCCGAAGAGCCGCGGCCGCUCAAAGGAUCCGCUCUGGCCAACACCUACAUGAACAGGUUGAUCAAGGUGGACAAGCAGGAGAAGAACCUCAACUACGGCAGCGAUGCGGGUGGCCCCGGGGCCACGGACGUGGAGAAGGACAAGGACAAGGAGAAGGAGAAGACAGCCAACAAGACAGAAACGCUCAUCAUUCUGGAGGACUACGCAGACCCUUUCGAUGCACAAAAAACCAGAGAGCAGAGAGAGGCAGAGAAUCGUGGCGAAAACGAUGGCUACAUGGAGCCCUACGAUGCCCAACAGAUGAUCACAGAAAUACGGCGGAGGGGAUCCAAAGACCUGCUGAAGAUGUGUGCCCUGCUGGAGGGAGGAGAGGAAAUGGCUGAGGAGGGCAGACCCGCAGCACCGCAGAUUUACGACACCCCGUACGAGGGCGCCGUCGAGACGGAGGUCGGCGGGAUUCGGAUUCCGGCCGGCCGACCCGAUCUGGACCCUCGACCCCCUGCCGAGUACGAGCAGCCUUGGGAAUGGAAGAAGGAGCAGAUUGUGAAGGCCCUGUCAGUGCAGUUUGAGGCGGCCGAGCGCUCGUCUCCCACCAAAGACGAGCCCCCCCACUGCGUGCGACAGCAACACCUGCGUCAGAAGAGCUGGAGCCAGAAGAUCCUCAAAUCGUCAUCUCCCCCUCCUUCCUCCCCCGGCCCCACGUCGGAGGCGGACGGCGCCAGAGUCGACCCAACGCUGCCGCUGGAGAAGCAGAGCUGGUACCACGGUUGCGUAAGCCGGCUGGAGGCCGAGGCGCAGCUGCAAUCCUGCAAAGAAGCCAGCUUCCUGGUGAGGAACAGCGAGUCUGGCACCAGCAAGUACUCCAUCGCUCUCAAGACCAGCCAGGGCUGCGUGCACAUCAUCGUGGCUCAGACCAAGGAGAACGGCUACACCCUGGACCAGAGCAGCUGCGUCUUUCCCAGCAUUCCUGAGGUGGUGCACCACUACUGCACCCAGCGACUGCCCUUCACCGGAGCAGAGCACAUGACCCUGCAGUACCCAGUGCCCCGCCCACACUGACUGACAACCCCCGCCCCAGCAUUCCACUUCCCCCACCUGUACGCCUGAUUCGAGGCCCGGUGUAAUUUAUCUUUCCCAUCCAAUGUACAUUUUUUUUCUCACGAGCCACACACUUUUCCGAAACGCACCCCCGUCCACAUUCUGCAUUUUCGUCUCCCGUUACAGCCGUAAAGCUAAAAGUGGUUUAUGAUGUGAUUGAAGUGUUCGUAAAACCAGACUUAAAGGUCUUAAAUAUUCCAUUAAAUAUUGUCGGUGGGAAAAAAAUUAAAAGUACACUGUCACGAGCUGAUCUUUUAUCACCACUGCAUAAUUGUUCUUAUUAGUUUUAUGUCUCUUUGGAGCUGUGUGUUGUGCCCCCUAGUGGGGACUCGGCAGUACUGCACCGACCGAGGGUCAGGCCAGCGAGUGACACUACAGCAAUGAAGGCCACUUGUGUCACUUGUUCCAAUGAAAUGUUUCAUUUUAACCUGACAUUACUAAGGCACGCGUGUGUGUGAUUGCUAAGAGACUGUUUUGAACAAAGCAAUUUUCCUUUAUUUCUCGUACCCUUUUUAUUCUUUCAUGUUAAUAAAUAUAAUUAUGCCAGUGUUUUGCAUUGUGAGCUGUGGAAUGACUAAGCCCAGUAAGUGUGAUUGAAUAAUAAAGCAGUUUCGGCCCUGUG